GAUAAGCCAAUAGAUGCACAUAGAAAAGCAAAUCCUGAAAUAUUAGCACACGAAUAAAAAAGAGAAAUAUAAUUACAUUUAUUAGAAUUAAGAGAAAAGUUGGAAGAAAUGGGAGUACAAGAAGAAGAAAUAGAAUAAAGACUAAAAAUAGCCGAAUAAAAAUUAAAAGAAAAAAUUGAAAAAGGAGAAUUAAUGAAUUCAAAAGAUUCACAUUAAUAGAAAGUUGCAAAAGAAAAAUAAUAUGAAAAAAUAAAAGAAGCAUUUAAUAUAAAAAAUGAUUAUAAAGUUGGAAAAUCUUUUGAUUUUGAUGGAUAAAAAUAAGAAAUUCUAUAGAAGUAAUAUAAUAAAGAAUUGGAAAAACGUGAAAAAAUAGAAAAAUUCAAAAUGUAAAAAAGAGAAGAAAAAAAGUAAAAAAAAUAGAAGAAAAUUUACAAAAGAAAUAAGCAAAAAUAAUCGAAAAAGAAUAAAAAAAAAAGCUAAGGAUGAAAAAUAAGAAAAGUCUAAAAAACAUAAAAAUAAUAAAAAAAAAUAUUAAAAAGUGAAUCUCCUAAUAAAUCUUCUUCCUCUUCUUCAAGUGAAAGUGAUAGUAAUAUAAAUUAAUAAAAAUGGAAAAAAAGAAAAUUUCUAGUGAUGACGA